AAACUAGAGUUAUCUGUUCAUGGCGUAGUACUAACUUGGCGAACUCACAUCGGGGAAAAGUAGUUCUAUAAAAUAUUACCGACAACUCUCAUGUAUAUUAGCAAUUACUUUGACCAGCAGUUUACAAGUGGUGAAAUUAUUUUAUCAAUGGAAAGACUUGUCACUUCUGGAAUUAAAUUAAAGACGCAGUUCGAAUGUUUUUCCGAUCCCAGAAACACAUUAGUCAUAAAAGCUGACAUCAUGGCGGAACAAACUGCUUGAAACACUCCAAAUCUACCGCAUCUUGUUUUAAAAUUUGAAGUUGUCAUUUCCUCCAGUUCUAAUACAUUCUCCCGGAUUAACUUAUAUAUGCUAUUUAUCACAAUAUCUGCAAUGAAAGGCUGACUUUAUAUGUGGGAAUAUUUUACUGAAAUUCAUGUCAGUCGGUGCCCUAAAACCACAAGAUUAGCUGGAAGCUUGUUAUUAUCACAAGCGAGGUUUUUUAAAAUUUCCCCUAUCUCCAUAUGGCAAAUUGGUUAAAUUGAAACUUAAAGAUUCCUGUAUUUGUUACAUGUAUCCUACUGUUGGACAGAACUCACGAGAAAGUGGUUGAGUUCAUCUUCAAUGAAUGCCUACUUCAACAAAAUAUGUAGUCUCUCAGUGGCGAAGGAUUUGGAGUUCAAAAUCUCGACCUUGGAUUUCUGCUCUUUGUUGAGUUCCCAGCAACAUUUUACAAUGCAUCUCCAUUGGGUUUUGGCAAGUUCCUGUUUAUAGAGCUGUGAUGGUCUGUUAUAUGGUCCAAAGAUGGCGGAGGAGGUGAUAGUCAUUGCAAAAUAUGAUUAUAAGGCUGAAAAUAGCCAAGAGUUGGACAUUAAGAAGAAUGAGAAGCUACGUCUUCUUGACGACAGUAAAGAAUGGUGGAAAGUACAAAAUAUGCAAAGCAAAUCUGGCUUUGUACCAUCAAAUUAUGUCAAAAAAUCAAAGCCUUCCUUCUUCUCUAGUUUACUCACUAGGAAAAAGAACAAAUGUCCAGCUGCCAGCUACCAGGCUUCAAGAAAUGGAGUUGCGGCACUUGACCAAAAAAGUCCAGGAGGUGCUGAUAUCCAGAUUUGUGAACAUGUACCAGCAAUUGUCAAAUAUGGUUAUCAAGCACAGCGUCCUGAUGAAAUAUCAUUAACAAAAUCUGAGAAGGUGAUAGUCAUGCAAAAAUCUAUUGAUGGAUGGUGGCGUGGCCGAAAAGAUAAUGACGAAUAUGGGUGGUUUCCAUCCAACUACGUUGAGUUGGAACAACCCUCUGACUUAUCAGCAACUCCUCGUGUGGAUUUUGGUGCAAUGGAAGGGAUAGAAGUUGUUACAGCUUUAUAUACUUUUAAACGUUCAAAUCAAGAAGAACUUAGCUUUGAAAAAGGGGACCGUUUAUUAAUUGUUGAAAAACCUAUUGAGGAUCCUGAUUGGUGGAAAGCACGGAACAAGUUUGACCACUUAGGUCUUGUACCACGUAAUUAUGUUCAAUCAGUAGAUGAUAUUGAAUAUGAUACUGCAACCAAUGACAGCUCAUGUACUCCACACUCUCAGUCAGCUAGUAGUCUUUCUAAUGCAUCCUCACUCAGUGUGGUCGGCAUGCCUAAUCAUAAACCACAGCAUUUAUCGGGACCUCUAGCUGAUAAAGAGUGGUAUUUUGGGAAAAUAACACGGACCCAGUGUGAAGAAAUGCUUACAAAACACGCUGAAGAUGGGGAUUUCCUGAUUCGAGAUAGUGAAUCUACAGUUGGACAUUAUACUGUUGUUUUGAAAGCUCCUGGUCGGAACAAGCAUUUCCGUGUCCAAGUAAACGAUGGAGUAUAUCAGAUUGGACAGCAGACUUUCUCAUCACUUGAUGAUAUGAUAGAACAUUAUAAGAAACACCCUAUAUAUAAACAAGAUUCUGAAAAAUUAUAUCUUGUGAAAGCAUUUAUGUAUCCAUUAGAUUUCUAAAUCAUUGGCUUCUCAUCGUUUUCUAUCUUCUCUCUCUUCUCUUGCUACAAAGGACACCUCUUGUUGGAAAGAAUUUGAUGGAAAUGAUUUCUGAAUUUUCAUUAGCCUUCACCCUCUUUCAAGCUUUAUUCAUCUAUCUUGAGAAUAUUGCUUCAAAUACUCCCACUGCUGUCAUGUUUACUAUUAUCCUUCUUGUCUACGAUUAACAAAGAGAAAACUAUUUAAAAAAAGAAUCCUGAACAAAAAGCCUGUAAAAAAAA